AUGUCUGGCAUAGUAUUUGGAGAAAUUCAAUUGAUCGAUCUUUUUAUAAUAGUUUACUCUAACGAAAUAGAUAAUGCAGAGAAAUUAAGGGCUGAAGUAGAAGCUUGUGCUUUCUCAUGCACGAACUCUAUUAAGGUGUCUUCUGAUUUGCCAAGCUUUGAAAAUCCCAAUAUCUUCGAAUUUGAUAAGGGCGAAACUGAGGAAAGGUUUGACACGAUAUAUCUUCUAACUAAACUAGCUAAUAACUUUAUCUGGCCGGAUGAAAACAAACCGGAAGAAGUAAAGGUACCUGGUAAACUGAAACAACCUCCAAAUACGAAACAAAAGCGGAAACCGAUUUUCGUCGCAGAUGGUCUAAUCGCGAUUGACAUCCUGAAUUCAUUAUCGAGGAAUAUGCCAUCAGAUGUAUUCUUUUGUCCCACUCCAAUUACUGCAAUCGGAAAAUCAGUAUUAGCGGAAUACCUAAAUGUCCACUGUUGUGAUAUUAACGAGGUUCACGUCUGGGCGGCGAACGACGAAGUGUUUCAUCUCGAAGUGGAAAAACCUUUAGUUAUUCACGACGAGGUCGAUGGAAACUCUCGAUGCGAUCCUGGCAUGGUUGGUAAAGAGUUCUUGGAAUCACUGAAUCUAGAUCCGACUCAAAUGAACGCUACUUGGAUGAAAAAGGAUUUCGUUGAGAAGGUUGCUUCAUCUGCAUCUAAAAACCCAUACGGCUGUAUAUAUAAGGCGGCCAUAUUUGCGAAGACUUUGAGGGGAAUUUGGAAGACACGAGACAAGAAAGCUCAAAUAAGUGUCGCCUGCAAUAUGGGUGUCAUUAGUAACGGUUCUUUAGGCACAGCUAAAGGUCAUCCCUACGUUUUACCGAUCAUUUUCAAGGGCGACUCGUGGAUUACAAAUGAAGUGCACUUUGAGGAAAGUGCACAUUUAAAGCAGGAACUAAAAAGGAUUAAUGCAGUUGUUAAGAAACAUCAUAAGAAGGUUACACUAUUAAAAUUGUUUUUAAAAGGUCAAAUUACGUAA